AGAGAAGGUGGCCAGGCGAGUCGCCGAGGACUAUGGAUUUCGCUAUUUGGGCAAGAUAAAUGAUGAUUGGUUCCACAUGGAGCAUCGAUCCGUGGCGAAGAGGUCGACGGAACCACAUCUCGAAAUGCACCAAAGGCUAAUGAAUGACUUCAGAGUACGUCGAGCGGAGCAACAGCGGGCAAAAUCGCGUACUAAAAGGGAUCUUAUAAUCAAACGUCCGUCCAAUAUACUAACCAUGCUAAACGAUGAGAGGUGGCCUCAGAUGUGGUAUUUGAAUAGAGGAAAGGGGUUAGACAUGAACGUGCAAGGUGCUUGGGCUGAGGGAAUUACAGGAAAUGGCGUCGUCGUCACAAUUCUUGACGAUGGAUUAGAGAAAGAUCAUCCAGAUCUGUUCAAAAAUUACGAUCCUCAGGCUAGUUACGACGUUAACAGUCACGAUGAAGAUCCCAUGCCGAGGUACGAUCUCGUAGAUAGCAAUCGACACGGUACCAGGUGUGCCGGAGAGGUCGCAGCCACUGCCAACAAUUCUCUUUGCGCUGUAGGUGUUGCUUUUGGAGCUGGCGUAGGUGGUGUUCGAAUGCUGGAUGGCGACGUAACAGAUGCCGUCGAAGCAAGAUCUUUGAGCCUUAAUCCUCAACACAUCGAUAUUUAUAGCGCCUCGUGGGGACCGGAUGACGAUGGCAAGACUGUAGACGGUCCUGGUGAACUGGCCACCAGAGCUUUCAUCGAGGGAAUUACCAAAGGUCGCAACGGUAAGGGUUCGAUCUUCGUGUGGGCGUCCGGGAAUGGCGGCCGGGACCAUGAUAACUGCAAUUGUGACGGCUAUACCAAUAGUAUCUGGACGCUGUCGAUCAGUAGUGCGACAGAGAACGGCCUUGUGCCUUGGUACAGCGAGGCGUGCUCGUCCACUCUCGCCACCACAUACAGCUCGGGUUCUACCGGCGAGAAGCAAGUCGUCACUACGGAUCUACAUCAUCACUGUACCAGUAGCCACACCGGCACCUCCGCAUCGGCGCCGUUAGCAGCCGGCAUUUGCGCCCUUGCUCUGGAAGCGAACAGAGACCUUACCUGGAGGGAUAUGCAACACAUCGUAGUCAGGACAGCUAAACCUGCGAACCUGCAAGCACCAGAUUGGGUAGUCAACGGCGUCGGUAGAAAUGUAAGCCACAGUUUCGGUUACGGGCUGAUGGACGCCACUGCCAUGGUACGCUUAGCGAGAAGAUGGAGGACCGUCCCGGAGCAACACAGAUGCGAGGUAUCGGCGCCACAUACAGGCAGGACAAUACCACCAAAGAGCCAAUUGGUCCUCGACUUACAUGUCAAGGAUUGCAGCGGCGUUAAUUUCCUCGAGCAUGUUCAGGCGAAAGUAUCGCUGAUGGCAGCGAGACGAGGAGAUCUUCAGAUACAACUAACGUCUCCUCAAGGCACGAAGAGCACUCUUCUCGCUAAAAGGCCGCACGACAUCUCGAAGGCCGGUUUUAGCCAAUGGCCAUUCAUGUCAGUGCACACGUGGGGAGAGAGGCCGCACGGCACCUGGAAAUUAGAAAUUCACAAUGAGGGUCGAUACCUCGGACGCGCUACUCUGCACGAAUGGGCGUUGAUUUUCUACGGUACCGCAACGCUGCCCGAUCGGACCGAGUACGCUCUUUACAAUCCGGCCGGUAUGAGUAUGCCCAGACGACCGUUCGUCAAGCCACGCGAGACCAUCCCGAAGAAUCAGAACACCCUGGCGAAAGGCAAGCAGACGCAGCACAAAUCCGACAAGUCCGGCAGUAUGAGCCCGCCCUACGUGAUGAACGCUCAGAUUCAGUCCCAGAGGAAGGGCAAGGCCCGCGGUCAGUACAAGAAUGGCAAGUCGGCCAAUCGGCCGAAUCCCAAGCCCACCGUUCAGACUCUUCGGGGUCUCACCGGAAUCAAUAGAGGGUCCAACAACGUAGUCGGUGACGUGCGUUUGAUUACGUCGAGACCACGUGGAAGGAGUACACCCAGCCCUGUUACCAGCACCGUGACUCAGGCCGUUGCGACAACAAAGGCGCAGACCACCACGACAAGUAAACAGAUUAUUACACAGAAGAUCAUCGACGUGGUUACCGCCUCGCCCCUUCAGCGGGGACUGAUCUUGUUGGAACCACCGGCAAAGGCGGCCACUAACAAAGUCCCGGCGGUAUUUCAACAGUAUCCCAAGAUUCAACAGCUUUAUCCAGUUUACGGUGGAGCUCGCGGUACCGGUCAGCAUGCCACAAGGGCCAAAGGACUCGACCUGCUGCAGGACGAGCAAUUUGACCCAAGGAAUCUGCAACUGGAUAAGGACACACUGGAGGAGUGGAAGCUUGUGUUCUUCGGCACGGAUGCUUCAGUGGAAGUGGACGACGAGCUAGACAAGGACAAACCGCUGCCGCCAGUGGUCCCUGAAGAAGUCAACAACGCACCUUCGGACGUCCGGCACAAUACUGUGGAUACCGAGGGCGAUCCGUGGACAGGUAGCCGAAAGAUGGAUCGAGUCUCACACCCAGAGGUGCAGAGGCCAACAACGGAGAACCAGACGAGCGGUUGUGCCGCCUUCGAGGCCGGAGGCAGCGGGUGCCUAGGUGGGUGCCUCAUACUACUCCUUCUAGCCUACCUGACCAGCGUGCCCGGCUGGCGAGAGUUGAUCACCAGCUGGCCUGCCUCGACGAACAGUCGGAGCGAAUUUGGCGCGGAGGCGGAUCGGCUGCUGAUCGCGGCAGCGAACGUCGUUCCAACGACGACGUCGACGUCGUGGAUUAGCAACGCGACGACGCAACGCGUCCCGGCGGCGAUACAUCGCGCGCCGGAAGCGUGCAGGUGUUCAUGAUGACAGCGGGUCGCGUUUGGCUCCGCGACGACUCGCAGUUCGAUCCUAUGACUUCGGGUUACCGGGAUUGUCGACGCGGGUGGCCGCGCGGAUCUCGUGUGCCUGACGCAGUCUUGUGAUCCGUGAAAUUCUAAUGUACUUGUGAUGCGUAAAGAGAAGGUAUCGCGCGUAAAAAUUGAAAGAGGGGAAGGGAACACAAAGAGGAGGAUUCGUGCUUUCUCUCCCGGUGCUAAUUGUCUCGAGAAGAGAUCGGAAGAAUUAUCAAUACUGGAGUAUCGUCUGUCCUUCUCUUCCUGAGAAAAAAAACGAAUGUGUGUUGGAUGGUGGACACAUCGAGUCUGAGGACUCUAUGGCUCCGUUAGAGUGUUCCUCGUGAUCAGGGAAAUGCGAUUUUCUCGUUAACACGCGCCGUUAGACUUGGCCUAAUUCAUUUGUAUCGUGCAAGAAAGCGAGUCUCUCAUAGUCGACACGAAACGUCCGGACGUCGUGACAACACUCUACUCGUCAGGAGUGUCAAUGGUGGCUUCGACUGAUCAAAGUUCAUCGCGAUGAGGAUGCACGGGAAAUGGAAUUAAAUGGCUACGAGGCAGGAAAUGCAUAGCUUUGUUAUCGAUUGCAUGAUGAACUCUCGGUUUCUUGUUGAAAGCACUCAUUUCUGGAGGAAUUUGACUUAGAGCAUCCUAUAUUUAGACGAUUAAAAAGAUCUCUUCUUUUUUAAUAUCAUUAUAUUAUAGACUUAGCCAAUUGUAAAUCAAGUUAAAAGUUAAUACCAAUUAAGCCGACACAUAUUCGCGUGUA